AGGAGGAGGAAGCUCACAGAGGAGCAGAGCCUCGGCACAGGAGCCUCCAAACAUCUCCCUGCCUCUCCGUUCGUCCUCUUUUUACCGUCUGUCCGUGUUGGUGUCGGAGUCUGCAGACAGCUCGGUGUGACUCUGAGUGUGUGAGCACAGGUCGUCCUCACCCUGACUGUGGGCAUUUUUGGGAAAUAAACGCGGAGUUGUUCACACUCCCCGGGCGCAGGCUUGCAUCGUGGCUCUACCAGAAGUGGCAUGUUCGAGGGAUACUGCGGGCACUAUUGAACUCCUGCUUUCACCCAAACAGGAUUCAAUGAAAAUGUCCGUGUGCGUCCAUGAGAACCGGAAAUCCCGAGCCAGCACUGGCUCAAUGAACAUCUACCUGUUCCACAAAUCUUCGUAUGCGGACAGCGUCCUCAUGCACCUGAACUCGCUGCGGCAGCAGCGGCUCUUCACAGAUGUCCUGCUUCACGCUGGGAGUCGCUCCUUCCCCUGCCACCGUGCCGUUCUGGCCGCCUGCAGCCGAUACUUUGAGGCCAUGUUCAGCGGCGGGCUGAGGGAGAGCCAGGCCAGUGAGGUCGACUUCAGAGAUUCCAUCCAUCCAGAGGUUUUAGAGCUCCUGCUGGAUUACGCCUACUCGUCACGUGUGGUCAUCAACGAAGAGAAUGCAGAGUCGCUACUGGAGGCUGGGGACAUGCUGGAGUUCCAGGACAUCCGAGAUGCCUGUGCUGAAUUCCUGGAGAGGAACCUUCACCCGUCAAACUGCCUAGGCAUGCUGUUGCUGUCAGACGCCCACCAGUGCACCAAGCUGUCAGAGCUCUCCUGGGGCAUGUGUCUCAGCAACUUUCCUGCUAUCUGCAAGACAGAAGACUUCCUCCAACUGCCCAAAGACAUGGUGGUGCAGCUUUUGUCACAUGAAGAGCUUGAGACAGAAGAUGAGAGACUUGUUUACGAAGCUGCCCUAAACUGGAUCAACUACGACUUGGAAAAAAGGCACUGCCACCUCCCAGAACUCCUGAGAACAGUCCGUCUGGCUCUCCUGCCGGCCAUCUUUCUCAUGGAGAACGUAUCAACAGAAGAGCUAAUCAAUGCCCAAGCAAAGAGCAAGGAGCUGGUGGAUGAAGCAAUCCGAUGUAAGCUGAAGAUCCUACAGAAUGAUGGCGUUGUCAACAGUCCAUGUGCCAGGCCUAGAAAAACUAGCCAUGCCCUCUUUCUCCUGGGUGGGCAGACCUUCAUGUGUGACAAGCUGUACCUGGUGGACCAGAAAGCCAAAGAGAUCAUCCCUAAAGCGGACAUUCCCAGCCCUAGAAAAGAGUUCAGCGCCUGCGCCAUUGGCUGUAAGGUCUACAUCACUGGUGGUAGAGGCUCAGAGAACGGUGUAUCCAAAGAUGUCUGGGUCUACGACACAGUUCACGAGGAAUGGUCCAAAGCAGCGCCUAUGCUCAUUGCAAGGUUUGGCCAUGGUUCUGCAGAGCUCAAACACUGCCUGUACGUGGUAGGAGGUCAUACCGCUGCAACUGGAUGCCUCCCAGCUUCUCCGUCAGUCUCACUCAAACAAGUUGAGCAGUUCGACCCAGUGGCAAACAAGUGGACCAUGGUUGCUCCUUUGAGAGAGGGCGUGAGCAAUGCAGCAGUGGUCAGCGUCAAACUCAAGCUCUUCGCCUUUGGAGGAACCAGCGUCACUCAUGACAAGCUCCCAAAGGUGCAGUGCUACGAUCCCCAGGAGAACCGAUGGACUGUUCCUGCGUCCUGCCCGCAACCUUGGCGCUACACCGCCGCAGCCGUGCUAGGAAACCAGAUCUUCGUCAUGGGCGGGGAUACCGAAUUCUCAGCAUGCUCGGCCUACAAGUUCAGCAGCGAGACCUACCAGUGGACUAAAGUGGGCGAUGUAACGGCCAAGCGUAUGAGCUGCCAAGCUGUUGCGUCGGGGAAUAAACUGUAUGUGGUGGGCGGGUACUUUGGCACUCAGCGGUGUAAAACUCUGGACUGCUAUGACCCAACGCUGGAUGCUUGGAACAGCAUCACUACUGUGCCGUACUCGCUCAUUCCCACCGCUUUCGUCAGCACCUGGAAACAUCUGCCUGCUUGAGCCCCCAAAAACCCCUACACCCUUUUCAUGAGAUUUCUCCGUUUUGCAUCAUCUACUGGACUCCGACUGUGAAGAAGAAGCACACAUCAUCGUUCUCUGAAAGAGACACUGAGCAGUGAUGUACAGACACCCGCAUUCAUCUCCAACGCUGCAGAGCUGCGGACGCAGAAACACGUACAGCUGGACGCUUUACUGGAAUGAUGUCACGUCUGCUUUCCAAGAAGGAGGCAUACGGCGCAGCCGCUCGUGUAAACAAACAAACAAACAAACAAACCAACCAAACAAACUGCUGCUUGUUUUAUGAGGCACGGACUGCGACUGUGUGGCACAUCAGGCUUUCAUGAGGACUGCAAACAUCACACAGCAUUCCCAUUAGAUCAUGACAGGCUUCUGAGGAUGUGUUCUACUCUUUUUCACCAAGAUGUAAAGCAUGAUUCUGUAAGAUUUAGGGAGGAGGAAGCGAUGAUUGGUGUGCUUUAAAAAAGAAAGCGGCUCGGUUUGACUGAGUUUCGCUGAUUUAUAAACGGCACAAUGAAGGAGCUGAUCUCCCCCUCCUCUCCUCUAAUAAGCUCUGUUAUUCCACCCUUUUAUAUUUUCCUUAAAGAUGUGCUCGGACACAAAAACAAAGCUUUGAGUGUUCCUGAAGGCGGCUCCCCGAGGUGUUGACGGAUUGA